CUGGGGGACGCAGACGUGGAACCAGGAGCCAGCGAGGACGGAGGUCAACCCCGGCGGGAACGUGGUGCUGGCCUGCAAGGUUUAUAACAAGCAGGGAACGUGUUCCUGGCAGAAGGAUGGCAAGCCCCAGGGAAUGUUCGUGGGGAAGUACGAGUGGUCCGGGGACAGGGAAGCCGGCGACUGCUCCCUCAGGAUCCUGGACGCCAGCGAAGUGGACGACGGAGAGUGGGAGUGUCAAGUGACGGCGUCCGCCUUCACCGCCCACGACGCCCUCACAUCCAGGAUAGCUGAGAUGGUGGUCAGAGGAGAGAAGGAAAUCCCGGCCGAAGCGUACGACCAGACCAACUCGUCGGAGGUGGACCGGCCCAAGACGUGGCUGGCCGUGUCCGUGCUGGAGCACACGUACGUCAAGGACGACCACGGCACCCCUCUCCGCUGUGUGGCCGUGCACCAGGCCUACCACACCAAGUCCGAGGUCGUCCAGGUCAUAUUGGACGUCCAGUAUGCCCCCACGGUGACGCUGGAGGGCGCCCCGUCCGAGGACAUAGAGGAAGGCGUGGAUGACGUCAGCCUCCGCUGUCUGGUGGAUUCGAACCCGGCGGCAAAUGUGGUGUGGCGCGUGCUGGGAGAGACGGACGUGUUCAGCUUCCAGCCCGAGGUCAGGUUCAGCCCGGCUACUCGCAAGCACUCUGCCACCUACACCUGUGAGGCCAGGAACCCCGUCGGCGGCUCUGACCCCAUUUCUGUCAAGAUUGAUGUCAAGUAUGGACCCCGAGUGUUGCAGGUGGGCCCAGCACCCGUUGUAACCGCCGCCCUCCAUAACCACACCCUGCUCGAGUGUCUCGCCGAGGCCAACCCUCCACCUAAGUACACCUGGCUCCAGACUGUGCCGGACACCCAGGAGACAAUGGUCCGGGGUCACAACGCUACGCUGCUCCUGGAGGGCAUAGGCUACGAGCACCAGGGCCAGUACACCUGUGUUGCCUCCUCCGUUAUCAAGGGACAGACUGUUGAGGAGAAGAGUCAGCCAAUCACAGUCGAGGUCGUUGGCGCCCCGCAGGUCCUGCGCUAUACAGUGGAGCGAAACGUGCAAGUGGAGAAGGGCCAAGAUGCCGUCAUCCAGAUUGUCUUCUGCUCCGACCCUCAGCCUUCCCGCACCUCCUGGGAGUGGGGAUCCCUCCAGCUUGAAGCUGGCAAUGGCAGAGGACGCUACGUGGCUGAGAACCUGGCUCAGGACGUGCGAGAGGACUGCUACUCUGCAAGGCUGCGGGUGCAAGGUGUGGAUGCUGCAGACGCCAGGGACUAUAUCCUUAAUGUAGAGAACGACAAGGGUGCUGACCGCUAUGCUGUUGGACUCCUUGUUAAUGAACCUGUGUCCAUGUCCACUGUGAUUGGCAUCGUGAUCGCUUGUCUCGUCGUCCUUGUGUUGGUAACACUGAUUGUCCUGUACGCAUUCAAGACUGAAAAAUGGUGCUUCUCUCAACGAGGAGACUUCAAACCUACUGACCUGGAAAGUGACAAGAGUGACAUUGAGAGCCAGAAAGGGAACAAUGGUAGGCAUAAAUAUUCUGCCACUGGGUCAAAUGCUGGUAGGAGAGGAGGCAAGACUGCAGCAGUAGCUGGUGCUCUCGCCUCCAUCCCUCCUGAUGCCCUUUAUACAUCAGCCUCCAAGCAUACCAGUGUGUCCACUAUAUCCUCUAAACCUGACCAUGAGUAUGAGAACUUGAAGAUAAUGCCAACACAAAUGGCAACACCAAACAUAUGCCUGGAGACGAGAAGCAGCAGCAGUUGCAGCAGCAACAGUCAGUCGAAAAGAGAUGAGCUCACUGUGACAACCAAGAGCACAGGUGAGGUGAAAGAGGAAGAGAUACAGGCAAGUGAUCACGGGGAGCAGGAUGACUCAAAUAAGACCAUAUAUAGGCAGGCUGAAAUGCAGACUUUUAGGAGAAAUGAAAAUCAAGAGGAUGAAGAUAAAGAUUUGGCAAAAAGCUUCAAAGGUCCUCAAUAUGUACCAGUUUACCGGCCAAAUUCAGACUGCAGCACAUCAUCAUAUCUGGAUAAAUUAAAACUCGGCGCCAAAAACAAUAGGAGAGCAAACAGUGGAGUAGUAUAUGCAGAACUCCAGCUUCCACGCGCAUCUAAUAAUGGGUCCAUGAGACGUGGAAAUCAACAUAAUCCUCCAACUAAGACACAAUAUGCUGAAAUUACAUUUCAAGGCCGCCCUCUUCAAACAGCUGACAUAUAGACAUUUCUACCAAAAUUUAAGAAGAAUGUACUUAGUCUUAUCAUGCACACAGGUGUAUGUUAUUGUACAUAUAACUUUUUUUAUCAAUCAGAUUAAAUUUAAGGUACUUGGACGUAAUUUGGAAACAGUUUUGUACAUCACAACAAAGCCUUAACAAAUAACCUAAUGGAUCUAAGCCUCACGAUUUCAUUAAAUUCUGUCAUUUAAUUACAAGAAACAAAAUCCAAAAAAAAAAUAUGGCCACAUUUACAUAAAUUAGGGUUUAUUCUACAGUUCUGAAUGCAUUUAUGGUAAAAUAUGCAAAUUCACAAAAUUGCAUAUUAAGUAUUAAUGGAAUGAAACAAAUGCAAGAGAAUAUUACAUAAAACAGCAUUUAUGAGGUGUGCAGCUUAGGCUGCAGUAUUGCCACGGAUGGAGACAUUUUUGCAGAAUAUACUGUACAAUUUAGCCUACCUUUUUUAUUCUUGGGUAAUUCAAGUUGACCUUUUCCAUUGAAGGGGAAAAGCUUCACUCAGUAUUACAAUGGGAAUUAAGUGUUAUUUGUAAGCAUGAAAUGUAUUUAGAGUUUGAAUAUAAUUAAAUUUUUAGGGGCAAUUAUAGAAUUAGGUUACAACUUUUAUUAAAUAGUAUGCUGAAUGUGAAAAUAUUGCUAAGGGCCAAGUAUUAAUUGUCUAGUUUGCAGGUCCAUCCUUAACAACACGCAGAAAUGUGUAUACUGUAUGAAGCUUAUCUUUUAAUUAAAGGUUGAAAAAACCCCCAUUUUCCAGGUCUGCACACCAUUCUUUUCCCCCCCUUAUAUUCUUUUACUCCAUCACUGUGUUCUAUGCAAUGAGAGAUGGUCUGUUUUUUGUGUAUGUGACAAGUGCAGUCCAUGUAUGUGACACGUUCUGUUCGAAGGUAAACAUUGCUCUAAAUAUAGGUUGUUAGCUAUCAUGGUUUCUGUGUCCUUGGCAUAAUUUUUUUUCAUUUUAUGAGGAAAAAUAUAUGUUGACCAGACCACACACUAGAAGUUGAAGGGACGACGACGUUUCGGUCCGUCCUGGACCAUUCUCAAUCGACUUGAGAAUGGUCCAGGACGGACCGAAACGUCGUCGUCCCUUCAACUUCUAGUGUGUGGUCUGGUCAACAUACUUCAGCCACGUUAUUGUGACUCAUCGCCUGCACAGGAAAAAUAUAUGCUACUUUGUCUUUUUAUACCCUGGGUACUAAUGCAAGACUCCAAAGAUUAUAAUUUAAUGUUAGGGUAACUUGUAAAUAUAUUACCGAGUUAUUCCUCCAGUGUCUCUUGGUGUUCUUUCAUUAUCACGUUCAUUAUAAAUUGAACGUGAUAAUGUUCAUAAAUUGAAUUCAUUAUAAAUUUGUCAUUUAUAAUGCUAAAUUUCUAUCAUUAUAAAUGUUCAUGUGAAUGAGGAAGACCGUGAAUUUAAUCCAUCCUAAGAUAGGAAUGAGUUAUUUUUUACUAAUUAUGAAUGAUAAAUUAUUUAUUAGUUCCACUUGUAUUUUCUAAAAGU